GAGAAAUCCAUUUAUAUGUUGAAAGAAAGGGGAAAUGAGUCUUCACUUCCAUUUCACAAAUACACAAAAAUGCUAGUAGUGCAAACACUCAAAGCCCGAUCAUCAUUUCUUUCUUAUGAGUUUACAAUCACAAAUCCCAUCAAAGUUUAAAAUAAUAUUCAUCUCUUCCAACAUGAGCAAUCCUUCAGAUGAGAAGGAGCAGUGUCAAAAGAAGAGGAAAUCCACCAUAUGUGAAGCCUCCAACUUUAAGACAUCAAGGAGAAGAUUCUUCAGCAACAAAAAUGAAGAGGAUAUGAACAAGGGAGUUUCAACAACACUGAAGCUUUACGAUGACCCUUGGAAGAUCAAGAAGACGCUAACCGAUAGCGAUUUGGGAAUCCUAAGUAGACUCUCGCUGGCUGCAGAUUUGGUGAAGAAGCAAAUUUUGCCUAUGUUGGGUGCAGAUCAUGCAAGAGCUGCAGAAACUGAAGAAGGGACCCCAGUUAGAGUUUGGGACAUGGACACCAAAUCCAUGCACCAGCUCGUUCUAAAGCGAUGGUCUUCAUCCAAGAGCUAUGUUCUUAUUGGAAAGUGGAACCAAGAUUUCGUGAGAAGAAGAGAUCUCAAGAAAGGGGAUGAGAUCGGAUUUCAUUGGGAUCCGUAUAAUUGCGUUUUCAAUUUCUGUGUCCUUAAACGAGCUAUGCCAGAGAAUUAAUCUGUGUUAGCUUUAUUCUACUUUCAAAUCAUUGAGGAAAACAAUGGCCAAUAUAUUAUGCCUAUAUGUAACAUACAAUAAUGUUAUUGCAAUAGCAUGUACUUCAAACUAAUUAUUUAAUACCAAGUUUCCAUAUUGUGGUAUCUUAUGAAA